AUGACAGCAAAUGCUCUUGGGUUCUGGAUCUUGCACCACCCAUCCUGCUCCUCCUGCUCCUCUUGCUCCUCCUGCUCCUCCUGCUCCUCCCACCACUUCUUCCCUGCUACUACCACUCCUGCCACUCCCACCACUGCUCCUGCCACUUUCACUCCUACUCCUGCUCCUUCUGCUCCUGCUCCUUCCACUCCUGCCACUCCUGUGCCCACUCUGUCCACUGCUCUACCACAUCUGCUAGUCUCGCCACCACUGCCACUGCUCCUCCACUGUGCUGGCUCCUCUGCUCCGCUGGCUCCUCUGCUCUUCCUGCUAAUCCAUUGCUCCACUGCCCUUCCUACCACCACUACUCCUGCUACUCCCGCUGAUGCCGUCGACUCCACUCUUCCACUGUACUCACUCCUUCGCUGA